AUGAGUGAAAAAGAAGAGCAAAAAUUCCAAAAAAUUCUUCAAAAAUUAGAAGACUCCAAAAAUAUUGGUCAGGGUUCCUGGGCUUUGCCGAGAAAUGCCACUACGGCAGAGAAAACUAAAUACGAAAUUUGUGAAAAGAUUUUAGGCUACCAAGAAGAUAAUAAUUUAUCUGACGAAGCAAUGGCUCCGGGUUUGCGAAUAACUGAAGCGGUUUCUUUUGAUCCAAAUUUAGAACACCAAUCACCAGAAUACAAAGGAUUAUAUUUACUGAGAGGUAAAAGAGCUAAGGAACGCUGA